CCGACGAGUGACGUGACAACUUGAAUCUCACUUUCAGUGAGAUUUCUUUUUUCGGUGUUAGUGCUGUGUUCCGCGUGAAAAAUGCAAAUUCCUAAUGAAUACGUAUCAACCGCUGAAGACGUAGCCGAUCAGGUAAUACGAAAAGGCAAAAAUGUCUUACCCACUGUGGCGCGACUGUGCCUUAUAUCCACAUUCCUGGAGGACGGUCUCCGCAUGUGGUUCCAGUGGUCAGAGCAGAGAGACUACAUGGACAUGUCCUGGGGCUGCGGCAAAUUCCUCGCCACAAUGUUUGUGAUAGUAAAUUUAUUUGGUCAAUUAGGAGGAUGUGUUAUGGUGCUAGGAAGGCUCAAAGUGGAUAUCGCUUGCGGCGUGCUGUUCUUCAUAGUUGUAUUACAGACAUUCGCGUACAGUAUACUAUGGGACGUACAGUUCCUUCUCCGCAAUUUGGCAUUGAUCGGAGCGCUACUGCUGGUGUUGGCGGAGGCCCGAGCUGAAGGGCGCAGUCUGUUCGCGGGCGUGCCGUCGCUCGGAGAGAACAAACCGAAGACGUACUUGCAACUCGCCGGUCGCAUCCUGCUGGCCUUCAUGUUCAUCACGCUCUUAAGAUUUGAAAUCUCAUUCCUGCAGAUCAUACAAGAUCUUCUCGGGAGCAUCUUGAUGAUAUUGGUGACGGUGGGCUACCGGACGAAGCUGUCUGCUCUGAUGCUUGUCCUCGUACUGACAGUUCUCAAUCUGUACCAUAACGCGUGGUGGGCGGUGCCAUCCUACAAACCGCUCAGAGACUUCCUCAAAUAUGACUUCUUCCAGACAUUGUCAGUGAUAGGAGGCCUGCUUAUGAUAGUCUACCUCGGGCCGGGCGGCGUCAGUAUGGACGAACACAAGAAGAAAUGGUAGAAUUAAGUCAACGCAGACGGACUACAUAAAAAAUGGUGCAACAUAAAUCCAUUCAUACAUUUCAGUACUCGUGUUUACUUACAUCCGGAGUUCUGUUUGACUUCGGCUUAGUAGCCGGACGGACCGGUUCCAAAUUAUUCAAAAACAUUCCCUCAAUGUGAUUUGUUCAGAUGUCAAAAGUUUUAAAUUCCUUUCGGUUAGGCAUAGAUUUAUAUCAUUUGCUAUACAAUCUUAUUAUUGAAAAGAACCAAUAUUUUUAAAACGUUCCUGUAUUUGAUACACUUACAAAACUGUCUUUACCUUUGUUUAUAGUAAAAGGUGAUGAUAAUAAAAUAUAAUUAAUAAAAUAACACUAUAUUUACUAUUUUGUGUGCAGACCUUAAAGAUAAUUUGUUUUUUUUUUUAUAAAAUUGAUAUUUCGUCCCCAUUCAUGUUUGUUGUUACAUAAUCUACAUUAUGAUAAUUACUAUUUUUUGGAUUAUUAAGUUUAUUAGCAACCCUGACCAUGCUGUCAAUUUAAAAAUCUGUAAUUGUUACAGUUUUAUUUUUAUAAAUACAUUAAUUAAAAUAACGUGUCAUCAUUCACCUGAAUUUACAAGAUGUCAAACCACUUCAAUAAUUACCUCUACAAUGAUCAAACAGACAAUACUUCUUACUUGAACUUAAACUUCUCCUAUCUCCAUUCCAGUUACAAGAUUUAUAUGUAAUCACAUAGGGGAAUUCAUUAUAUGUAAUUAAUUAUUUUAUCUUCCUACCCCAUUAGUGAUAUUAAAGGUUGACGUUCACUGAGAAUUAAUUUACGCCAAUGUUGGUUGUGAUUAAGAAACAAAAUUCAAUUUUUUUUAAGACAUUUAAUUCAUUAUUAUUCAAGUGAGUUAUAUAUCUCUGUGCACGUUCAAUUUUGGUCGAAUGCAAGUGUACGUAAUUUGACUGAGUUUAUUUGCUUCAUUUGUUAAAAGUGUAAAGCUUCAUUAGAAAUUUCUUCUACCUAAUAAUUAUAAUGUAAUGUUUUGUAAAUAUCUAUUUUGUACUUAUAGAUUGCCAUAAUGGAGUCUUUUAACUUUCACUUCCCUCCACUGAUUGUCUAUGUAUUUUCUAUCAUAAUGACGGAAUAUAUCUUCUGUGUAAAUAUUGACUAAAGCAUGCCAACUGCCUACAGACAAAUGAACUUUGUAUGGUAUGAAACGAGUUUAUCUUAUCCUUCUCGAAACUGUUUGCACUUUUAAUUAGGAAUGAAAAAAAAGAUGCAAUAUUUUUGUAUUUCUUAUUAUUAUUAUUAUUAAUUUAAGCUAGUAUUUGGACACAGCCAUACUAAGAUCCUUGAGAUAUGUUCCGAAUAAAUUUUACAUAAUAUCACAUAAUAUUUCAUUUGAACGGUGUUGUACAUCAUUUUGUAAUCGUUUAAGUCAGACUUGAGUAGUAAUAUAUUUUGUAUAAUUUUUAAAAUAAAGUUGAAUGUACUAUGUAAAUGU